AACGCCCUUUCUUGUUGGCAAUACCCUUCUUGGCAGCAUAUUCUUUCUUGUUCACUGUGAAAAAGAAUUGAUUAAAAUCAAGAAAUUCAGUGAAGGGGAUCCUUAGCAUUAGUUUUUUAUUGAAAUUGAAGCAAUAAAUACGUAUGCAUUGUUUACAUUUAACUUUAUUUAAUUUAGAUAUCUAUAUAGAUGCAGGGACACCAGCGCCACGCUGGACUCAGCAACGGAAAACUUCGUCUCCCAGUCCCCGCCUUUCCUCUCUCUCUCGCCUUCCCGGCUUUGGCCUUUAGCACCGCCGAUGCUCUCCUUCCCCAUUUUCGGGUCCUGAUUGCUUCCGGUUGGGAGGUCUGAAUUUCCCAUUUUCGAGUCAUCACCCUGUUGCCGUCACGGUGGCGUUCUUGGUUAUCUCCAUUUUGUUUCCUUUCGGGGUAUCCUGAUGGCUGAAUUUUCUCUUCCGCCGUGAUUGGGGGUACGAACUUGGAGGAAGUACUAAGAAGCGGUCCGUUCUUGGGUUGAAUCCCUUGGGGAGGUCGGGAAUCUAUGGUCGUCUGUUCAGGGAGCUAGGGUUUUGUAGCUAGAAUGGCAAUCAGAGGGGUUGACUUCAAGUGGUAUGAUGGAUUCUUCUUGUCGAUGCUCGCGACAAGCGCGAUCAUUGUUUCCAUAAACUGGAGGCGGUAUGAUCUGUGCAUGUACCCCUUGCACAUUUGGAUAGUGGUUGACUACACUGCUGUUUUUGUUUUUCGGGUAUUGAUGUUCGUCGACAAUGGCCUGGCUGCUGGAAUGGGUUUGGAUUUAGGUUGGCAGCAAAGAUAUGCACGGUUCUGUGGAAGGAUCAUUGUAUUGUCAAUUCUGUCCUUACUUCUUUACCCUUUUCUGUGGGUGUGGACUCUAAUUGGUAGUUUGUGGUUCUCUAGGGCGAGAAGUUGUCUACCGGAAGAAGGCCAAAAGUGGGGUUUCCUUAUCUGGUUGCUUUUCAGCUAUUGUGGACUCAUCUGCAUUGCUUGCCUGUCUACAGGGCAGGUUUAUAGCUAUUUCUCUCGCUUGGUUAUCUACAAGUGGCUGAAACGAAGGCAAGCUCAUCUACAACGUGCCCAACAGGGGAUUCCAAUUUCAGAAUAUGGUGUGUUGGUAGAUAUGAUCCGCGUUCCCGAGUGGGCAUUUGAGGCUGCUGGCCAGGAAUUGAGAGGAAUGGGUCAAGAUGCAGCUGCCUACCAUCCUGGAUUGUAUUUGAGCACAACACAGAGAGAAGCUGUGGAAGCACUUAUUCAAGAACUCCCCAAGUUCCGGCUGAAGGCUGUCCCCACAGAUUGCAGCGAGUGCCCAAUCUGCCUUGAAGAGUUUCGUGUUGGUAAUGAGGUUCGUGGACUACCCUGUGCUCACAACUUUCAUAUGGAGUGCAUUGAUCAGUGGCUUCGCCUGAAUGUGAAAUGCCCACGGUGUCGUUGCUCUGUAUUCCCCAAUCUUGAUCUAAGUGCAUUGAACAACAUUCGUGCUGAUUCUGGUCGACCUUCUGGGAGCACUGUGAUCAAUGGAAGUGCACGUUAUGGGCUUGCAACAUCUGCGUCGCAAAUUAGCAACGUACUGGGCUUGCAUGGUGUGCUUCCUCCUGCUGCUCGCACAGAGAAUGGUGGUCUCAAUGGGGAUAUAGAGAUUGGGGUCAUUACAGGUGGUGGAGGGGAGCCAGAUGCGGUUGGCAGCGGUGGUCAUAAUCAAGGAUCAUCAGCCACCACCACUCCAGAUAUGCGUCUGUCUGCUGAUCAAUCUCCUCCAUCUCGUUUCUGAUAUAUGCAGGUCUCUUUUCUGCUUUUUUGAGCCUGUAAAGGCUUGCGCUCUCUCUCCCUCUCUCUCUCUCAUUUUUUGUUUUGACCAUUUUGGUGGUCUGAUAUUCCUUCCGGUGCAAACAAUGCUCUUGUAAUCUUUGCAUCCGUGACUUUGUAGGAAAUAAAAGAAUACGGUCUCUCUAA